CCAGGCGUCGCCGUCUCCAUCCCGGGGCCGCCUCUGGCUCCGGCUGGGCCGUGCCGCCCGGCCCUGCCCUGCCCGUGUGACGCGGCGGGGCCCCGGCGGCCAAUGGCGGGGGGCGCGGCGCCGCGGGGCAGCGGGCGGGCGGCGCCAUGGAGGAGCGGCCGGCAGGGGCGGCGGAGGAGGAGCGGGUGCUGCGGGACUUGCUGGCCUACUACGCGGCCCGGGGGGCCGAGGGGCGGCUGGCGGCGUGCGACGAGGCCGCCCUGAAGGCGAGGGCUCGGCGGCUGCUGGAGCCGCGGUGGCGGCGGGGCGGCCUGGACGUGCGCGGCGUGGCCGAGCGGUGCCGGCGGGCCCGCGGGCAGCGGGGGGGCGGCGGCGGCGGCGUCCUGAGGGACCUGCUGAAGGCGCUGGAGGUGCUGGAGCUGCUCUGCGUCAACCUGCUGCUGGCCCCCUGGAGGAAGGAGAUCAGGUCGCUGAAGACAUUCACCGGUAAUUUUGUCUACUAUAUUCAAUCUGUGCUCCCAGAUGACAUAGUAAAAACAGUACUGGAGAAAAUAGGUUACAUUGCAACAACAGAAACAGAGUUUUCACUUGUCAGAAAGAGAAACAAUGAGGAAACAAAGCAGACUGCAUUUGAAAUAUUCUUGGCAAGAAUUGAGUGUGAAACCAUCCUCGAAAUGACAAAUGAAGAAAAACAUGGCAAUUUGGAGAAGACCCUGCAGAAGCGAACACAAACGCACUGGCAUCAUGGAAAUAAGGACAAAGAAGAUGAGACACCCCUGAGAGAAGACUCUGAAAACAUAGAAAAUAAAGAAAACAGAGAAACAUCUUUGUGCCUUGCUACGCAACCGAAGUCUUCAACUAAUACCGAUAAAUCCUUUGAAGCUGCUGGGAAUCUUAAGAUCAAAGAUGACAUGCCUCAGUUAGCGGUUACUCAAUCCACUAACAGGCUUCAGGAACACCAAAGGCAAGUCAUUAACACAGCACACUUUCCGGGCAAAUGCUCAGACAGCGAGGACUUCUUGAUCGAAUAUAGUGACAUUGUCAUAAGACAGACACCUAUUUUCAGUGAGAAUCUUUCUCCAAAAGCUUUUGAAAAAAAGCCAAGAGCCAGUCUAAGUGAAGAAUGUGUUUUGGCAGUCACUGCACAGUCAGCUGUAAAUGAGAUCAGGCCUGUGCCACUCUCACCGGGAGCGAGUGGUCCGCCAGCCUUCGCAAUAUUUGCUGACAGCUCCUGUGACAGUCAGAACGCAGUUGGAGUACGAAGCUCAAGAAGUGCCUGAAGAAUCAAUUGAAGCAAAAAUUAACGAUGCCAUAAAUUGCGUAGACCCAGACCCUGCGGACGAACCCAAUGAGCUGAAGUCUCUGCCAUACAAGGACAUUGCCUCUGUCCAAAACUGCGGUGUCACUAAGGAAGAGGAAGUUUGUGAGCUGUCUGUAACCUUCACAAAGCUACAAGUCAAGGACACUCAGGAGGAUUUGAUGUAUCCAGUAGGAGGAAACUGGGCAACCUCAGUCAGUAUCAUAUGCAACUACUAGUGACAGGAAUGUCAGAGAAUUUAAUCAGUCCAAAAUGAAAUGCACAUACCUGACCAAUGCUCAAAUGCAGAACCAAGCAGCUACACGUACUGAGCCAUCUUCAGAUCUGUGCUGUACUACUGGGAGCAUGGAGGAUCCCACUACUGAUUCUGAUAGCAAGAGACUAUUAAUGGAUACUCCUCAUGCACACGUAGCUUGUGAGUGCUUCAGACGUAUUAGAGAGCCCCCAAACCCCACCUACAUUCCACCACGAAGUAUUAAUGUUCAGUCUCCGAGCAGAAGAAGCACCAGUGCACCAGGUAGAAGGAACCUCUUGCAGGCUGAUAGUGAUUCUCCCAAAUCCAGUGAAGUAAAGCUGGAGAACUGUAAUUCUAAAGUAAAUGAAAUCCAGGAGCCUUAUGUCAUUAUUGACAAAAGUGACCAAGGAAUGUUGUGCCAGAACACUUGAUCUAACAGUGCUUUAUUUGUAAUCCCCCCCGGGGUACCCAAUUAGUUUUUGAACAACUAAUUGCUGGAGUCCUGUCAUCAGGGCAAGACUGCCUUCAGCUUUGGAUGGUGGUGAGGAGCAGGAUAAGCAGAUACUGUGAACGUGCACACAGAUUAAUACUUCUGUACGAGGUCUGGCUGGGAUGGAGUUAACUUUCUUAAUAGCAGCCUGCACAGUGGCGUGUUUAGGAGUAGUGGCUACAACUGCUGAUGAUGCCCCAGUGUUCUGGCUGUUGCUGACGAGUGCCUGCACAGCGCCGCUGCCUUCUCUCUUCCUCAUUCUGCCCCCACUCCCCUGAGUAGGCUGGGGGUGGGCAAGGGAUGGGGAGAGGACACAACUGGAACAGCUGACUGAACUUAGCCAAAGAGAUACAACGUGUAACAUCAUGCUUAGCAAUAAAACUGGGAUAGUGGAAGGUGGUGUGUUUUUUUUGUCUGCUUUUGCAUCACUUCUUCCUUCCCCUCUUCCCUUCACUUCCUAAACCUCUUCCAACCCCAAAGUUUCUUGGUUUUGCUCUUCUAUGUUCCUGUCAUGCAGGGAGGUGAGCAAGCAGCUACAUAGGUGCUUAGCUACUCACUGAGUCAACCCACCACAGCCUCCUUGCGCUUCUUUUAGGUAUUUGUGUGUUCUUCCUAAUCAUUUUGUUUUUUCUAAGAUACAUUUUCCUCCUUGUGGGGGGUUAUUAAAGCUGUGCUUUAAAUCUUACGGUGUGUCAAAUAUUCAGAAUGCUAAUUUAAAACUGCUAAAACCCCUUACAAAUGAAGAUGCCUCAAGUAUUUGUGUGACCACCAGUAUUACAGAUCCACACGCCUAACAUCCCAUUUUAAUCUUACCUGUAGCCAUAAGGUAUUAACAGCAGCUUACACAUGUGAAAACACUGCAAGAGGAAACUGAAGUCUACCACUUGAAAAUAGACCAUGUUGAGCAUCUUAACUCCAUUACUGCCCUACUGCUGGGCUUAAACGGUUAACAUCUGCUGCGAUUAGCUGCCACUCUUUAAAUGUUCAACUUCCCCUGACAGGCCUGUUCGCAAUUGCUUCUAUCUUCAUGGUAUAUCUGGCAUAGGACAUAGCUCUUUACUUUGCCCCAUUUUGUGCAGAGUUUUGGACCAGUGUUUUCCAUGUCUAGGAGCUCAUGGGCAACCUGACAGAGGGAAAACAAAAUACAGGUAGGGUCUUUCUGAAGAGCUGACUUGCUGACAAAGCACCACAGCCCGUAGCUCCACCAAAUCACAGCAGUGCUGGUGGAGAUUAUGACAUGAGUAAUAUUAAUGUAUCUUUUUUCUGCAUGAAGCCCACCAAAGAAACAGUUAAACUGCACAACAUUUAUGGAAUAUAAAAGGGCUCUGAGAAUCUACUUUUUGUUCAUGUUUUUGUACCUGGAUCACUCUUCUCUGUGUCAGACUGGCCAGGAUUGUUAAGUGUUCUGCCUGCCUUUGUAGGGAGAGCUACUGUCCACUUACAGGACCUGAAUAUUUUCAUCUGAGUUUCUUUCUGCCACAAGGACAUCUUUAACUUCUCUUCCUAUGCAAACAGUAGUUUUUUUGAGGUCUUGUACUAGAAACCACUGUCUUUGCUAAGUUCUGGUGUCUCUAGAGACAACAGCUUUACUGGUAGAGAUACUUGUGAAAAGACUGGAGUUGAAAACCAACUGAAAGAAAAGUAAUAUUCAGCCUUGGGGCAACAGUCUUCUGUACAACUGCUUGCACAUCGGCAAGGCAGAACUGGGCUUAAAAUCCUACUUGCACAUAUAGUUAGACCUGAGAAGAGGAACAGACAAAAGGGACUGUGAUUUCUGACCCUGUGUGCUAGUGCCCUCCUGUCCUUGUUACUAAUGCCCACUGCACCUCUCCUUGGCUAAUUGACUUAAAUGAGAGCAACCACUUCAGCAGCACUGCUAGCCAGCAAGAGGGCUGCCUGAGACUCUUUCCAAAGGAGGGUGAUUUGUGUUUGUGAAGUGUGUGCCCAUCCCCUUGUGUGCUGUCAACUGUAAUUGUGCUACAGCUGGUCCUGAUUGUCAAUGAAUUGAAUGGGGAUUUACUGUUUUUUAUGGCUUUCCAUUAUAGAGACACAAGGCCAACUUUGUUCCCAAAUUUAUAUGCUAUGCACAACCACUUUGAAUGGCUCAGCUCUCCCAAGCCUUGGAUUAGAGAAAUUCUCUUUUGAUCUGUGCAGACACAGAGCUUAGGCAGCAGAACCAGUUGCUGAAUGAUACUAUUCAAUCACACCACCUCUCCCCCACACGUCUCAGAAUAGUCAUUUUCCCUCCCCUUAGCAUUCAUAUCACACGUGCAUUUUUGCCCUGUCUGGAGCUAAGGUGCUCAACAGUUUGGCUUUAGAAUCAACUGUUUUGUUUAUAAAUCCAAGAACAAAAUUUCAUUGGGAAGACAAAAAUGCCCAGCAUGCAGGCCCUGAAUGAACAAACAACUACAAUUUGUGUCAGAUUAUAAGCAAAGGUCAAAAACAAUAUAUCCCCAAGACAUAAACAAAAGCAUACCUGAGAGGGACUGCGAAGCACUUGCAAAGAUAAAUGUCUGUACUGUUGGAGUUGAUGCAAAGAGAAAAAAAAAAACUCUCUGAAAUAUCACAUUUAUUUAACCUAGUAUCUAAACACAGAGAUGAACCAGUAACCGACCACCACUGCUACAGGGUCCACCCACUGAAAAUUUAAUGGCACAGUUCUCUAAGUGAGACAGACGAUCAAAUACCUACGUGGCUCAUUUUCACAGCAUUAAAUAGUAAAAGGACCAAAAAAAAUAAAAAACCCACAACCUGUGGUUUAUAGGAAUUCCUAUUCCUAUAAGAAUUCCUAUAAACCACAGGUUGUGGAAUAGGAAUGUGUAUAGGAAUAGGAAUGGAAUACAGUGACAUCUGCAGAGCAGCAUACUCACAGUCCUAAUAACUUAGUAUUUACCGUGGAGGGAUGCACUGCUAUCAGACUCUAGGGUGGAGCAGAAGAUUCACCUCAAAGCCCCCUGACAUAAAAAUAAGAUCAAGUAGCAUGUACAAAAGACAAGUAAAAAAGUGUUUCUCUAUUCUGCCACUCUCCUGUUUGACCUCUGUAUGUGUUCUGAGACAGAUCACUGGUAGGAGCAUGUUUACCCAUCACUUAGCAAAAUGGUGCCCUGAUCCUAAUAUAGCACAAAUAACUAUCACAAGCCAGUCUCUCUUAAAAAAAAAAAAAAAAAAAAAAAAAAAAA